AUGUCGGAAAGUGAUGAAAAUGUGCGUGAUAAAAGUGUACAUGAGGGCGAGCUGACGUCGUCCUCGUCUACCAGCGGCGAAGAGGAUCCGCCGCAACGUCGUAAACGAAAGUUGUCUAGGAGGGAGGUAGGAUGUCAGAAAAAGAGUAAGGUAUUAGAACACCUUGCUGAACAAGUAAGUCAAAUUCAAAAUUAUUUGGCUUCCAAUGCAUAUCCUCCGUCGGGUUGGUACCCCGCUGACCCCGGGUAUCAUCACCCAUUAGAAACACAUGUAGAAAAUCUGGUGCCAACCCAACAGGAUGCACAUUCAGUUGAGGUACCCGCCGAGUCGGCCAUUAAAUUUGAUUUUAAUUUAAAAACGAGUUUAAAAGAACCUACAGUAUUGAGUACGUCUUCCGAUCAUUUACAAUUAUUAAAUUCAUUUCAACAUUUUAAUUCUGAAAAUUGGACUAACGUUCGUUACUCCGAAAUUCAAAAGUUAUAUAAUGCCAGACCAGGUUUUGUUGAACUUGAGGUGAACGAUGAAAUUAAACAGUUUGAUAAAAUAAAUAAUUUAGUUACAACAGAUAGGUCUUUAGGCGCAAUUACGCAUGGCAUAAUUAUGCAAAGCGAUGCUUUAAAAUCAGGAGUAUUUGAUUUACUGCAGUGGGUACAAGAUACCGAUAAUUUUGUUAAAGACGAUCUGGUAAAAAAAAUUAAAGAUAUAUUUUCGGGUGAAUUUCAAAAGAUAUCUCUUGAUUGUUUACAAUUGCUUUGUGGGCGUCGAGCCGAUAUUAUUGAACAAAGACGAGAAGCAUUCUUGAAUUUAGUAAAAGAUAAAUUUCUAAAAGCUACCUUAAAAAAGAUACCUCCAUCCUGUGAUUUUUUAUUCAGUAAAGAGCAAUUUUCAGACUUUUUAAAUAAUAAUGGGGGCAUUAAUAAAAUAUUUUCAAGGCCUUCCUUCUCUGCGCAAGAGAAGAGAAGUACUGGUACAUCUCAGGCUGCGCAACCUGGAUCCAGUAGUUACAAUCAAACCGGUCGCCCCACAGCACCGUUUGCAUUACAAUGUAGAGCCCCUCAAUAUCCGUAUAGGUCGUAUGCUCCUAUGCAACCCUAUGCAUUUAAUUACAAUUUUCCAGCUUAUGCUGGAAAUCAGCGGCUUUUUCGACCUCAAUACAAGCCACAAUCAUUUACCGCGGGUCCACAAGCCCCGAGUAACCCUAGGAAAUCAUUUAAUCAACACGGCGCAUCCAACCAACACAUUAGCGUCAAAAGAAGAGGGAGAGGUGAACAGGUCAAAGUUGGUAGAGCAAACCCAGGUUGUUCUCAAAACUCUAAAAGAGUUAGGAUGGAUCGUCAACACAUCCAAGUCAAUCCUAGUCCCCCAGAGGUCGUUGGAGUACUUAGGUCUAGUAUGGGAUACCUGGAACAACAAGAAAAGCCUGCCACAGAAGAAAAUUCUGGGUCUACAGACCACUAUAGCAAAAUUUCUCACACAACAACAAGCGACGCUUCGGGAAGUUCAAGGUCUAGUAGGGACCAUGAAUUUUGCCCGUCUGGCUGUCCCACAGGGUCGAUUAAACUUCCGCUAUCUCCUGAAACAUUGCAUAUCUAUGCUUCAAAACAAUGUCAAGGAGAAAACUCCGCUACCAAUACAGGUAAUGAAAGAACUCAAGUGGUGGAGGCAGAACUGCGACAGGUCGUCUCUACUUCACCUUCCACUUCUGACCCACUUCUUAACGACAGACGCUGCCGAGACCGGCUGGGGAGCAGAAUUAAACGGGGUACAGAUACGGGGCGAAUGGUCGAGAGAGGAAUCCAGAUUUCACUCGAAUCAAAAAGAAAUGUUGAGCAUAUUGAAGUGUCUUCACCAAUUCGGUCCUCUUCUAAGCCAUUCAUCGUUGUUACUUCAGUGCGACAACAAUCUCCCGGAGCGAAAAAUAGGAGUAUUGUAUUGCGGGGCAGCUGUGGUAAAACGGCGGUGUGGUACUGCGGUCAAGCAUUCACGUUCGGUGCAAAAAUGGACGGCGAGGGCGAUAUCUUUGGGGCGAACAAUCGCUUCUUACUAGAAAAUGCCAGUAACUGGCAUACAUGGAAAUUCCAAGUAAAAGUCAUACUAAAGGCGGUGAAUGCCUAUGACUUGAUGGACGGCUUAUUAAAAUGCCCAGAAAAUGACGACACAAAGCCACGUGGAAGGAAC